GUGGGCGGGGCGUGCCGCGCCUGCGCACGCGGAAGUGUACGUGCAUUACGCGGUUCUCGUCUCGAGGCUGAGCUGCGCGAGAACAGUGUUUAUUUUUGCAGUUUUUGGGCCGAACCGGUCUGUAAAUCAUCAACACGGGCAGAAUCGGACUGAGAGAGACCCUCAGCGCGUGGACAGGGGGGCGCAGAGCAGAGAAAAGGCGGGAAAAGGAGCUGUAGGUGGGGUCCGCGUGCCUUGUUGUUGCACUGAGCGCGAGACCUGUGAAAUAGAGCUGCAGUGUUGCAGUGUCAGAGCAACAGAGCCUCUCAGGAUGAGCCACGAGGGCAUGAACCCCGCCGCGAGGGCCGAGCCCGUGGAAGACGUGCAGGGUGACGCACGCUGGAUGUCACAGCAUAUCCGUUUCGUGCAGGAGUGUAAAGAUGCUGAGCCGGACGUGCUGUUUGUUGGAGACUCGAUGGUGCAGCUGAUGCAGCAGCAGGAGGUGUGGAAAGAGCUGUUCUCACCUCUGCACGUGUUGAAUUUCGGCAUUGCGGGAGACACCACCUGCAACGUUCUCUGGAGACUGCAGAACGGAGAACUUCAGAACAUCAGACCCAAGGUGGUGGUGGUGUGGGUUGGCACCAAUAAUUACCAGCACACGGCGGAGCAGGUGGCAGGAGGAGUGAUGGAGAUCGUCCAGCUGCUGGUCAAUCAGCUGCAGCACACCAAGGUCAUCCUGAUGGGUCUCUUGCCCCGUGGUGAGAAGCCGAACCCUCUCCGUCAGAAGAACGCGGAGGUGAACCGUCUCCUGCAGGCGUCCGUCUCCAGGCUCAAACCGGUCCAGUUCCUGGACCUCAGCUCGAGCUUCGUCCACUCGGACGGAACCGUCUUGUCCCGGGACAUGUUCGACUACCUGCACCUCACAGCCUCGGGGUACCGGAGGGUGGCCAGGACGCUGCACGAGCUGCUGCUGCAGAUCCUGGAGGAGACCCCCGAGGAGAAACAGACCACUUUACCUUAAAACACAGGGAGAGAGAGAGAGAGAGAGAGAGAGAGAGGGAUAGUAUGAAUGUGACCACACACAUUAAAGGACAACUUCAGAGCUUUUCAACUUCACCUCUAUCUGCUGCGUCUGUAGCGCCUCAGCACUCACCACUGAGAGUUAUUUAGAUAUGUUGCCCUGAACUCGAGAAAUAAUGGAAAACCCGCCAACUCAAAUCGCACUUACAAUGGAAGUCAAUGGGCAGUUGCUGAAUUUUGUAAAAUCAACACUUGAAAUAUGUGACCAAUUAAUGCAAAAUCAAAAGUUAUUACAAUAUAAUAGAGUUUGAUUGAAACAGACUUUUAUUUUUUAGUUUUAUUCAACUUUCCAGCAAGAGCAAUGUGUAAAAAAUAGGUCCAGUCACUUUUACCUUCCUUACAGGGGAGCUCCACCGACUUUUGAAAAUUUCUGCAUAAUUCAGGGUGAGAUGUAAACAGAGUGACUCAGGGUGGUUUGGGGUGAAACGGUUCAGAUGUCUUUACAGUGGUGGUGAUAGGAACCAGGGGUCGCCAUGACUACAACACAAAUAUAGACAUUUUAUUUACUAUCCAGAACUACCAGUGAACCUACACGAGUCUUCUGAGUUUAUAUGGAGUGUUGAUGAUGGAAAAUAGUGGAAAAUCUGAAAUAAUAAGUUUUCUUUGGGGACUAUUUUGCCUCACAGCGCCCUGCAUUUACAUCUCCUUAUUAAAAUUAAUGGAUUAAAACACAUUUUAAGCCAAAAAUUGAUCACAAAACAGUGUCUCAGUCAUCAGGCAGUGAAUUCAUAACCAUUUCAUGUAGUAACUUUCUGUGAGGGAGCUUUUAGAGGUGGACGUCUGGUUCCUAUCACCACCACUGUGAACAGUUCUGACACGGCAAGUUUCUCUAGAACAGAGCGUUUCACACCAAACCACUCUGAACGGCUCUGUUUACAUAUUAACUAUUUAAUGAUGCAGAAUUUUUUUAAAGAUUUUAAGAUUUUAAACUUUAAGAUUGUCUGGUAACCAUAGCGAUCAGGCAGAGUCUGUUAAAACUGCUCACACACCACUUUGGUGGUAAUGAACGAGCACAGAUUUCUGGCCAUAACCUAGUAAGGCAUGAUCUCGUUCCCACGCCUUACAAAGUCGUGUCCAUGACUUAAUUAUUUCAUUCCCACGUCUUACCAAGUCACUGCCAUGCAUUAGGAUCUCGUUCCCACACAUUAAUAAGUUGUGGCCAGGCAUUAAUUUUUAUUUAUAUGGGAUGUCACAAGCAGGGCUCCAUAAAAAAGUAGUCCCGUCUAUGAAAGUAUAAAGGGGAGUUCCACCAAAUUUUUUAAAUUUCAGCACAAUUCGGUUGUUGAGUAGUCAUUCAGAAAGGUUUGGUGUGAAAUGGUUCAUUGUAGAUAUUGUGUGUUGUAUGUGUGUGUGUGUGUGUGCACAUACAUAUAUAUAGACAAAUAAAUACCACACACACAUAUAUAUUUAUGUGUUAGUAUUAAACAUGAACCAACCACAUAACCAUUUAAUUAUGGAGAAAUUUUUAAAAAUAAUGGUGGAAUUCCCCUUCAAUUUAUAAAACAUUCUUUAAAAAUUAAUGAAAGUGUUGCUAUGAAUGUUUACUGAUGGAAAUCAGCAGCUGCCCAUUGUCCUCUGUUCUAGCUGAGUUAAUUAUAAUUAUUAUAGGAGAACGCUCUGACAUCAUUGUUUAUGGUAAUCAGCGGCGCCAUAGUGAUGCGGCAGAUAGAGGACAGGUUAAAAAACGCUGGAGUGUCGUUUAACCAAAGAUGGAGGACCAAAAAAAAAGGUGAAACUGACGCGGAGGACAGACUGCUGCUUUAAUAGACUGUAAGUCUGAAAAAACAGUAAACACAGUGAAGCAGCCAGGCUGUGUACCAAUUCCCUAUUUGGCACCCUACAUAGUUCACUACAUCAAGCCCCCUCUAGUGCUCAGAGCCUUUAUAGUGGAGCUGCUUGUAGCUCCAGUCACAUUCCUGCACAGCACGUUCUCCACAUUCAUCUGAGGGAGUUUUAUUAGCCGAGGGAGCCCCUAGUGGUGGAAGAGAGGAACUGCAACAGUGUCAGCACAUAAGCUGACUGCAGUUGUCUCUCUCUGUCUCUCUCUCUCUCUCUCUCUCUCUUUCUCUGUAGUCAAUAUCACAUGAACAUGGAUCUUCCUUUAUAGUGCUGAUAGCACCAAAGAUGAAGUGGGAAAAGCUGUUAAAAUUGGAGCCGACUUGCUCUCGAAAAGAGAUUUCUUCACAAAAAUCUAUUUUACAGUUUCCCCUCUUACCCCAAAUGUGGUAGAAGAGUCGAGACAUGGUUGCUGCUUCUUUUUGCGCUGGAGCUGCAGAAAUAUAGCAGGGAUGAAAUUUCAGCUACUGUAAAAUGGUCAAACAUAGCGUCAUAUCGCUGCUGACGGAACCAAACCUCGUAUCUCUAGAAUGGUAACUUUACAGGAGAAGGAAAAACCUGCUUUACUUUCAAUGGAAGUCAAUGGAACCAGACAUUUUUCCAAGUCAUUUUGGGCUUUUUCUAUUGGUCCAUUCAUCAUGACAUUUGUGUACAAUGUAAAGGGCAACAGGCAUUUUCAAAUUAUGACAAAAACUGAAAUACGAUUA